AGUUUCACCGACAUAAAUCAAACCAGAUGUUCAUUAUACUAUAGUUCAUUAAUUUAGUUACUUUACUUUCAAGGUGUUUGAAUUUUAUGAGGAGUCGAUGAGCUGCCAUUUUCCCUAUUCAAAUUAUAAACAAGUCUUUGUCGAUUAUUCAUUUGAGGAAACGUCCGCAUAUGCCACUUUGGCUAUUUGCAGGUAUAAUUCUUAAUAUAUUUUUUAUUUUUUCAAUUAAUAACUGCAGGGAAAUAUAUCACUAAUUUUUUUUUUGUUCACUCCAAAGUACAAAUUUGCUUCAUUCAAGUCGGAUGAUUGACCAAACCUUUCAUACAAGGAAGACGCUGGCUCUUGCUUUAGCUCGACAGUUUUUUGGAUGUUAUUUGUCUCUUCAUAUGUGGUAUGUUUUUGUAAUAAUUUUUGUAUUCAUUUUACAUUUGAAUGGUAUAGUACAGAAUUCCUGGUUAAUUUGCAAGUUCCUUGUAUGUUUGCAUGUCGAAGUAUCAACCAUUGUUUUACUUUGUGGAAACACUAUUUAUUUAGCAAUAUUUUUUUCGAUCUCGACCGUCAUCAGUGCCAAUAAUGUAAGAGUAAGAUUUAAUUCACACGUCCUCCAGCGUCAUAGAAAAAUAUAUAAACGCUUACUUUUUAAAAGAAAUUCAUAUUUCCAAGGUUAUUUGUAGGGCAAGUAGCUAUAUUUUAGUCGAAAACUUGACACUUUGCACUAUCCUUCACAUUUCUGAGUUGCUGGUUUUCUUGCCUUACGGUCAUAUUUAAGGCCUGUUUUUUUACGUCGAAUUUCGGUCGCGUCGAAUGCAAUUCAAGCAAUAGAUAAUGAAGCUUAAUGAGGUUUAUCAUCUCAUUAUCGAUUGUCUUUAAUUGCAUUCGACGCGACUAAAAUUUGACGUAUAAAACAGGCUAAGAUAUUUUAUGUUAUAUCUCAAAAACAAUUACAUGCUUGUCUGAAAUGUAGAUUUAAGUAACGAAUAUAAUUUGAUAUAUUGUCUCAGGUCAGAUUCGUGGCUUCAGGCUGGUAUAACGGUAUAUUUAUAUGGACUUUAUAUGAAGAAAACAUUUGGCAACAAUGAAUAUAGGAACUGGAUACGAGAGGUACUGUAAAAUUGGAAAGCUAAUUAAGGUAGACACUAAGUAAUAUGACAGAAUACAUGCAAAACAACCGUUUUGCCAGUGUUUAUGCAUUGUUGUGUAUUUUUCAAGUUAAAAUUGACAAAAGAAACCCAGUAGAAAUAUGCUAUAAAUUUUGUCAAUCAGGGGUGUUUAAAAUUUUGCCCGUAAAAUUUGCCAUGAAGAAAUAUAACAACACCAUUCGUGAUGAUCUUUUUGCAUUUCAAAUAUUGCAAAAAACCUUUGCACGAAUAUUGCAAAUUUAACCUUUGCAAUGCAUUUACCCGGCUUUUAUCUAAUACUACAGGAUACUAUGUACUGUUUAAUAAACGAGCAGGAGUGUUUUAUUAGGUUUAAAGCCACGAGCGCGCAGCGCGAGUGGCUUUAGACCUAAUAAAACACGACCUGCGAGUUUAUUGAACGGCUUCAAACACGACUAUACAAAUUCAAUAGAUAUACUGCCUUAUUAGUAUUCUUUAUAUAAAGAAUACUAAUGAAAACACGACUACAAUAGAUACUGUCUUAUUAGUAUUCUUUAUAUCAAGAAUACUAAUUAGCAGUGUUUUAUCAGGUUUAAAGCCACUGCACGUGACAUAUUAUGGUUGACAUGUUUGAAAUAUAGUAUAUAAGAAGCAAACAUUUGAUCAUAUCACUAUUCUCUUUUUUGCGUUUUCUGACCAUUUAAUGCAAUGUUUCACUUUGCAUGCAGUAUUGGGAUGGGUGGGGAAAAUUCAAACGAUUAUACUAUUACGCUUCCCUGCAUUGAAAACACUCAAAUCUCGAGAAAAACGCGUUAUAAUUGUCAAUAUUUCGUGCAAAAAAAGUUGUUUUGAAAAUUAGACAAAAUCGAUAUGUGAGGCUUCCCUUAGCAUGCAUAGUAAACUUUCCAGAGGGUCUUUUCGAUUGAAACUCUUUUUUAAGUUUCAUAAACUUUUCAGUUGUGAUCACUGAAACAACGAGACUGCAUUGUUAUUCGUUGUGUUCAUUUGUAUUUCACGCUAGAAAGAUAAGAAGGUUCAUAUCUUCGGUUCGGUGCAUGCUAUGAAGCCACGAAUACCACCAUUCGAUUCAGUGAAGUCAAUAUGUUGAUUGUAGCGAUUUAUGGCCUUUGAAAGUUAAGUGAGAUCGCGUAUCGCAUAUUAUCAAAUUACUCAAUUAUCUGAACAAAAAUAUAAACUAGGCAUACCCUUUCUAACUUCCGUCCCUUGGGACGUCCCAUCUUCUUCGUAAUAGCAUAGUUUGUGGUUAACAUUCACCGAAGCACGUAAACCAGUUCCUGGUAACCAGUUCCUGGUUCCAACAAAUACGAUCGUAUCAACUGUUACCUGUCUUUACCAGGUUCUGAACAAAAAAUACACUUAACUUCUAUUUUAUGACCAUUGUACAUUUGUUGAAUCAGAUAUUUUCAGAAGCAACAACAUAUCAAUUUAUUCCCUAGAAUUUGUCAAGUUUCGUAACAUUUCCAUUCCGUAGUACAUCAGUCGUAUCCAGUUUAAAUUGAAUGUGCUGAGUGUCGUGAGAAAUUGGUUUGAAACACACACAUAACCACAAUUGAGGAAAUAACGUUUAAUUGCCAAUGUUAGGGAAAACAAUUUAAUGAAUAGGUUCUUUGUUAAACGUACAGUGCUAUCUUCCUGUCAUGCACAAAUAACACCUAAUGGAAGGUAUGUUUUAGAGAAAUGUAAGGUGGAAUUUAAUGAUAUUUGAGCCCUUUAAUGGACCAUUUGCAUGCAUUGUAGACUAAAUUUUGAUCUAGACAAAAAUUUCAUCACAGCUUGAAAGAGCAUCACAAAAUUAGUAAUAUUCCGAAGUUUCGUUGCGAAAUGUUGUAAAAUGCGGAUAAUAUAUAUAGCCUUGCGAAGUUUGCCGUUUUUCAGUCAUUUUGUAUUACGUACGGGAAAUUGACAGCCCAAUCGGGUGUUGUGGCAUCAAUUUUCCGUUUGUAAUACAAAAUGACUGAAAAUUGCAAAUUUCGCAAGGCUAUAAUAUGCGCAUUUUACAACAUUUCGCAACGAAACUUUGGAAUAUUACUAAUUUUGUGAUGCUCUUUCAAUCUGUGAUGAAAUUUUUGUCUAGAUCAAAAUUUAGUCUAUAAUGCAAAUGGUCCAUUAAGGUGACCUAAAACGUUUGCAACAGUACUGCACUAUACUUUGUUAGUAUAUUUUACUGAUUAAAACUAAAUUCAUUUUUGGUUAUUUCCAGGAGAUGAAAAAGGUUUGUGAAUAUGAAAUUGGUGGGUCAGGUUUGUUACCACUACACAACAAGUCCUCGUUAUCACCAGAAGAGAUUAGUUCUGAUACUGACUCUGAAACCUUAACGACUGCGUGCCAUCAACCAAGCUUCCUUCACAUGCAUCCACAUUUGACUUCAUGUAAGCAAUUAAAAGCUAUGUGUAGUAAAGCACAUUUGGUGAUGAGAUUAAUUGAAAUGAGAAUUGGGCAAGAACCAUUACUUCAGGUGAAGAAAACUUUUGUGUGUUUAUUUCUACCAAAAUACAAAUUUAUAAUUCAAAUGUUCCCAGAAAGGGCGGUUUUUUGGAAGAGUUAGUGAACAGAUACAUAGAAAUUUUCGAAGUAUAAUAAUUCACACAUACAAGACGUUUACUGAAUUAAUAGCCGUGUCAGUUACCUUUUUCCUGUUAAAUUAAUACAAAUUACCUUAUUAAAGGUUCCAACUUGAGUCGAAAAUGCCCAGGGACCAUAAGUAUAAGGAAGUCUACAUAGAUGUUCUAUGUUUUUGGCAAUUAUAUUUACUGAUGCCAUUCUUGAAUUUUAAUAUAAUAUAUUUUGCUUUCUUCACACGUGCCAUUUGCUCAAUAUCGAAACUAACUCACCAGAACUUCCAUCACCCUAAAAUGUUUUGUUAUUCUUAUUGAACCUGGUUAUCACAUCCGACUACCUUUCUGUGUGUGCUUUUGUUUGAGAUCUUAUCCCCAUUGCUACAAAGGACAAAAUAUCCCACUACCGUCACCAAUGUUAUACCGAAUAUUUUCAAGCAGUGGUGGAUUUAUAGGAUUGUUGCACUGUACACUCCUGUUGGCCUUGGUCAACAGGGAUGCAUGGGGUAAAAUAUUGAAUUUAUCUUACUUUUAAAUGUUUGUGGCAUUCAAAGUUUGUUCUCAGACUUAAGUUUUGGAAUUCAAGGCAGCACCACAGCACCAAUUCAAAAUACUUAUUAGUCCAAUAUUAAUAUUUUUAGUCGGAUACUUUGAUUGAGUAUAACAUUGAAAUGAAUGUAACUGGAACGCCACCUUCAGAUAAAACUGUCUAUCUUUUUCUUGAAGCCAAACGCGUGUUUAUGUCAUGAUUGACUGAUCGAGCGCUCUUCGCAUGCAUGAAAAGACUGGGAGUGGGAAACUUCCGAUUGGAUGUAGUGUUCCAAUUCUAUCCAAUUCAAUGUUGAAUAAUGAAGAAAGCAAAUUCUUAAUUUGGCUGCAAACAUCUAACAUUAUAGUAUUUGAUAAUGAAAAUAUAAAAUAGAAAAGCAAUCAAUAUUCAAAUGUGAAAAAUUAAGAGAAUUGGGAAUUUAUAUUUUAUAUAUUAUUCAACAUAUCUGUAAAUUGUGGCCAAAACUCGUUCCAAAGGCCCAAGAAUUCUUGGGAGGUUUGGGGUCAUGCCCCCCGGAAUAUUUUUAAAAUUUCGAUCCCGGAAAUGACAUCGGCAGCAUUCUGAGAACAAAUUUUGUAAAAAAAAGCGUUAGGUUUUCAAGACACUGUUUUAAUGGUGCAUUUUGUUAUAAAACACAUGUCAAGCAUAAAAAACCAACAUUUCAGAGAAAAUAUUGACAUGAUUAUUUACGUUUGUGAAUGGAAUUGCAAAGUGGUUUAAUUUAACUCGCCAAUGACGAUGUAAAAAUUUAUUCGCUAAGUGAGUGGAAUUUAUUCGCUAUAAUAAAUUUACAUAACAUCCACUACAAUUAGCAUUUUAGUUCCUGUGCAACUUAUUAUGCUCCAUGGACUUGAAAAUACGUUCUAAUUUUCCUCGUUAUUGUAAUUACUUACAAUAGUAAAAUAUCCUUUGAACAUUAUAUAUAGUCAUUAUUUAAUAUGACAAUUACGUUAUAUAGGUGUGAUUUGUGUUAUUUGGUACAAGAUUUUUGCAGUCUCUCAAAAUUAUUGGGGAGGGGGCUCGGCCCCACCCCUGCCGCCCUCCCCCCUGCCAUAGUGUCCGCCACUGGGUUCGAUGUGCUUUGCUGCUCGCCCAGCUCCCCCCAUAAAAAACUUUGCUGGAUCCACCACUGUUUCAAGACCGAAAAUUAAUUGAAAAUUAGGUACACGUGUUAUCGUCUUGAACACACAAUUUGGCACGCACUAAUUCAUGUACUAACGCUGAAUAUAAAGUGUUCCUUGUCUGGAGUUAAUAUUUUUGUUGGACUUUUACAGGUUUAUAAUAAACUUCUCUCACUCGCAAAAUCUGCUGUUAAAUCAAAAGACAUAAAUUCCUGGCGAAAUAUGCUAUUGUCAACUACGGGGGUAAGUAGGAUUAACACUUAUACUAGAAAUACAUGCAAGACGCCACCAAUGAACGCAAGCUCGCGUUUCUCGCGUCGUGGUAGCCAUGGUAACACGAAUGCACGAUCAUUGUUUCAUUUUUUGUGCAAAGCGACAAAGAGGUAUCAGUGCUUAGAUCUAUAGUUUUAACUGAACGACUAACGCUUAUCAUCGUUACCAUCAGAU